AUGUCUCCAGAGCCGCCUCUGCUCGCUGGCGAGGACGCGUCCCAGACCACCAGCCGCCAGCAAGGCCAUGUUGUCGAGGUUGAUGAGUCCGGCGACAUUGUCCUCGACGUGACCUUUGAGACGUCCCAUGCCGUUCUCAAGAAGAGCCGCAAGGCACUGCCCCCGGCUGACCGCACACUCAAACCCCGGCCACCAGCAACGACAAAGGUGGCCUACAGGGUGCGCAUAGCGGCUUUGAAGGGAAACUCGCGAUACUUUGCCCAUCUGUUCUCCAACCCCCAGUUCAGCGAGGCAAGGCUCGUCGCAGAGACGCACGAUGGCCUUAUGGCCAGGGGGGUCAACCCUUCUGAGGCAGGCGCUCGAGACCUGCCCUUCAUUGCUCUUGUCGACGAUGACGAGGCGACUCAAGCAGCUGGCCGAGAGCUCGUCUUCGAAGACAUGCUGCGCAUCCUUCAUCGGAAACCCAUCAAGACAGCCAAGGUAGUCAUGCCGUAUGCUGUGACUCUGGCCAUCGUUGCUGACCGCUUCGAUUGUGUUGAUACUGUUGCUCGCACUCUCAACGGACAUCACAAGUUCAAAUGGCCCAUAAUCAACAGCAGGCCCCUCACCAUUGACGACCGGGGGCGCAUGGCAGAAGUCGAACAAACUAUGCGCCAAAAGGUCCUCGUCUCCUGGCUGCUGGGUCAGCCAUUACGCCUGCAGCAAGCUACGCGGGAGCUCAUCGUUCGCGGCUCCAGUCUCUGGAGUGCCUUUCACGACGCCGAUGCAAAUACCGAGCGAGCGGCUGCUUGGUGGAACUUACCCCAAGGUCUCGAACGCGAACUCCAGCAUAGGCGCGAGUGUAUUCUCAAUGCUGUUGCCUCGGUACAGCGCCAUUUCUUCAAGCUGUACGCCUCGCGCGACAGACAGUGUAAGCUGGGCUACGAUUCCAGCGCCGCGUGUGACUCCUUCCAACUCGGGCAAAUGCUCAAAUUCCUCACGUCCAAGGAGCUGCUGUAUCUCGUCGACUUCAGUCCGGGAUCGCUGGAUUCGGUUCCUGACACCUCGCGACUCGACCUCGAAGAACUCGUCACCACGCUGAAGCAAUUCCCAAACUAUCAGGUUGACAGGCACCACAUAAACUGCGGUCCCCAGAUUCGCAUCAAGCCCAUCAUGGACUACCUCCGCACCAUGCUAUCCGCAAACGUCAUCAGCAUCUCGCAUGCCGACUGGACUAGACGUCGAGCUGACGUCUCUUGGGCUGAGCGCAAGGACAGCAAUGGGGCGGGCGACAGCGGCCACACAUUUGCCUUUACGAGAGCCAUUGCAAACGACCAGAGAUUACAUCACGAAGGAACCUUUCACGCGGACCGCAUAGCUAAGUCAUUAUUCACGGCAGACUCGUGGGACUGGACCCCAGAGGCAUGA